AUGCGAGCCCCAGAAAAACCCACCCACCCCACCGUGGACCCUGAAUCCCCCGUCUCCCCGAUCAGCGACAACGCGACCCGCGACCAAGCACCUGCUCACAAUGGCCCGGACUCAGGGUCCUGGUCGGCCAUGCCAAAGCGCAAGCCUUUACCGACGCCAGCGGUAGAGACUGCGAUCGCCGCCGAUGCGACCAAGACUGCGCCAGCCCCCGGUGCAAAGUCACCAUCGAAAUUCGGGACAUGGCUAAUCCAUCUCGACUGGUACCGCUACGCGUCCCGACGGAAGAAGCGCAACUUUUUCAUUAUUGCCGCGAUUGGGAUCACAUGUUUGCUGGCAUUGAUCGUCGGCCUCGCGGUGGGACUUUCGCUGCGCAAAAAAAACUCCACCCAAAAAUUCGCCCUGCCCACUUCCAAUGGCGGUCCUUACUCUGGCGAUCUGACGUACUACAACCCAGCUUUGGGUUCUUGCGGGUACACCAACACAGACUCGGAUUUCAUCUGCGCCGUCUCGCAUGUAUUAUUCGAUGCUGCGUCGACGGGCUCGAAUCCGAAUGAGAAUCCGCUAUGUGGGAUGAAACUUCGACUUAGACGGGAUGGGAGGAGUGUUGAUGUGAAGGUUGUUGAUCGCUGUGUUGGAUGUAAGGAGACGGAUCUGGAUGUUACGGAGGCUGUUUUUGAGAAGGUGGCGGAGAUUGACCUGGGCCGAGUUGGAGUUGAGUGGGCUUGGUUGGAGGCGGCGCCUGUUUCUGUUUCUUGA